AUGAUUUUAAAGAAUAUUUCAUCUCUGGUCUUUCGUUUAGUUUUAAUAUUUUUAUUACUUACAAAUGUAUCAUUUUCAUCCCCAAGGAACAUUUCUCCUUACACUAAAUCUUUAAACAAAAGAGAUAGUAAAAAAGUUUAUAAUCUUACUAUCUCUGAAGAAAAAUUAGCUCCUGAUGGUUUUACUCGAGAAAUGUUCGCUAUAAAUGGUCAAUUUCCUGGUCCUCUAGUUGAAGUUAAUAAAGGUGAUACGUUAGUUUUCAAUGUCUAUAAUGAUUUAAAUGAUGAGACUUCGAUCCAUUCUCAUGGAAUGUUUCAACGCGGGACUCCUUGGUAUGAUGGUGUUCCCGGGCAUACUCAGUGUGGUAUUCCAUCAAAGAAAACCUUCACCUACGAAUUUAAAGUUGAUCAAAGUGGGACUUAUUGGUACCACUCGCAUUCAAAAGCACAAUAUAUAGAUGGAAUUGUUGGUCCCCUUAUAGCUCACGAUCCAGAUGAUCCUUAUCUUGAAGAGUAUGAUGAAGAAAUUGUAGUAUUGUUACAAGAUUGGUACCAUACUGAUGCUAAAACCUUGUUGCCUCAAUUCUUGAGUCCUGUAAGUCAAGGAAAUGAACCAACACCCGAUAAUGGUCUGAUUAAUGGAAAGAACUCUUAUAAUUGUUCUUGGGCAUCAGAAGGCAGCAAUUGCCAUCCUAUGGAUGUUAUUGAAGUUGAAGGGAUGAUGACAAAACGUCAAACAAUCCACCGUCUCCCAAUUAAUAUAGCUCAACGCUAUUCAGUUAUUGUGACAGCCGAUAAACCUAUAGGAAAAUAUUGGAUGCGUGCAGAAAUGGAAACUGCUUGUUUUGCCAAUGAACCUAAUACACUAAAUUCUCUCGUAAAAGCUACUGUUAAAUAUGAAGAUUGUGACGAUAAUGAUAAUACAAAUUCGACUGCUUGGACUGAUAGUCAAGAAACUUGUAUUGAUUUGGAUACAUCAAGUUUAAUACCUUAUCAAGAACAAACUAUUCCAAAUGUUGACUAUAAGUUAACAUUAAAUGUCAGUUUUUAUCCAGAUGCUACAGGUGUCGUCAUAGCACACAUAAAUGAUUCAAGUUAUGUAAUAAAUGAACAAUACCCUACACUUCAGAAAGUAUAUGAUAAUGUAACGAAAUUUGCAACUGAUCAAAAUGUUUACAUAAUCGAUAAAGAUGAAGUUGUCGAUAUUAUUUUGUUAAACAGUGACACUGGUGAACAUCCAUUCCAUCUGCACGGUCAUGUAUUCUGGUUACUUGGUGUCGGUAAAAAUGGUACAAGUCCAGAUUAUGAUUCUGUAAAUACUAAAAAUCCGAUACAACGUGAUACUGCAUCUGUUCCUGCUGGAGGAUGGCUCAUCGCUCGAUUUGUGUCAGAUAACCCUGGUGUAUGGGGAUAUCACUGUCAUAUCGAGUGA